UAGAUAUAUAAUUAAUAAUUAAUUAUAUAUCUAGAUCUAUAUCGUUGUAAAAUCAGCUUAACCAUGUCAAACAAUGCAUAUAAUCCUGAUAUACUUCCAGACCUUUUACCACUCUAUUACAAAAGGUUGUUUCCAUACGGACCGUAUUUCAGAUGGUUGAAUUACGGCGGAGUGCCAAAAACUUACUUCAGCCAUAGAGAGUUCUCCUUCACACUGGAAGGUGAUGUCUACAUUCGUUACAUGUCUUUCUCGGACCAGCAGGAACUAGAGAAAGAGAUGGUGAAAAAAUGUCCACAUAAAAUCGACAUUGGGGCUGUAUAUUCUCACAGGCCCAAAGAUAACAAGACUGUCAAGUCCACGGCUUUUCAAGCUUUAGAAAAAGAGCUUGUGUUUGAUAUUGACAUGACAGAUUAUGAUGAUGUUCGCUCUUGUUGCUCAGGUGCGGAUAUUUGCUCCAGGUGCUGGCCUCUGAUGGUGAUGGCUGUCAAAAUUUUGGAUAGAGCCUUGAGAGAUGACUUUGGUUUCCAGCAUUUGUUGUGGGUUUAUUCUGGUCGUCGUGGCAUCCAUUGUUGGGUCUGUGAUGAGGCUGCCAGGAAAUUGUCGGCUCAGGGGAGAUCAGCUAUUGCAGAGUACUUGACUCUGGUUAAGGGUGGAGAAAAUGUUUCCCGAAAAGUUUCCUUACCAGACAGACUUCACCCCUCAAUUAGACAUGCUUUGGAAGUCAUUGACAAACAUUUUAAUGACUAUGCUGUGAAAAAACAAGACUUUCUUGACUGCGAGGAAAAGUGGUCAAAAAUUUUAGCCAUAGUGCCUUCAGAAACAGUCAGAGCUGAUGUGGAAGAUUUUUUUGAUAGGUUGGGUAAAAACACGUCAACACGGUGGACUAUUUUGCAGAACCGGUUAGAGAAAGGCCAUUUAAUUGACGCAAAGUUCAAGCCAUACGUCCUUGAGGAGAUUAAGCUACAGUUGUGCUACCCCCGGCUGGACAUUAACGUCAGUAAAGGAAUCAACCACUUGCUCAAAAGCCCAUUUUGUAUUCACCCAAAGACUGGAAAAGUUUGUGUACCCAUGAAUCCUAAGACUAUUGAUGAGUUUGAUCCAGAUUCAGUGCCUACAAUAAGUGUUCUUUUAGAUGAACUUGAUAAAAUAGAUGUAUCUGAGGAUGAACAAGGAAAAAAGUUUAGAGAUUACAGAAAAACAAGCCUAGGCCCCUAUUUAGCAACAUUUGAAACAUUUCUCAAAAGUUUGGAGAGCUCACGGAAAGGAAAAACAAUAGAACAGAGUGAUGUCAAAAUGGAAUUUUGAAAGCUGGGAUGCACAUUCAACAAAAACGUGAGCACCACCAGCGAGCUCAGAAUGUUACUGUUUGAGGGACCAUGUCUACAAGCAGUAAAGCUAAAUAUAUUGGAUCUAUUGUGAUGCCCCCCCCCCCCAGUUCCUAACUAUAAGAAUCCACAAUGGGUGACUCUAGGCAAAACAUGAAAAACAACAAACAGGAAGGAAAUACACAGGAGAAAGCCAUUAAAAAUGAAGAUUAAAGGAGGAAAAUAAACAUUUAUUUAAGUUCAUUGGUACAUGUAAAUAUAAAAGUCUUGUAUCCAUGGUGAAAAAAUUUAUAAAAAAAUUUUUAGUUAUCACUGUUUUGCACCA